UGCAUCAGUAACAGUUAUGAUUUCAUUUUGAUCGUCUUCCCUACUAUUCCAUAGUAACAAUCUUUUUCCGAGGCCUGGCUACGACCUUGGGCUACUUCCGAGCGAGAAGCACCACGAACCAAAUGACUUGGUCCUUGGUCUCUAUAUGGCUUCUAUCGGUGGGUGGCUUGCAAACACUUGACGAACUCCGAGUACGCGAGCUUGCCGUCUCGGUUGGUGUCGAACUUGUUCAAGAGGUCCCUUGCGUGGCUCGUGUCGAUGUCGCCCAUGUCGAGCGUGUCCCGCAGCAGUCGGGUGAAUUCUGGCAGCUCAAUGUACCCCGAUCCGUCUCUGUCGGCCGCUUUGAACGCGUCCUUCAUGCUCGUGAACAGCCCAAACACUUGGCGAUGGAUCUUCUUCUGCAUGUUACGAACGACAUCGUCAUGGGACGAAUGUGAUGACUGGUGGCGAAUGGGGCGGUCAUCGCGUUCGUCAUGGGAACGAAAGGCGGCGCCGGCCGUGGUUAGUCGAAAGUAGUUGCCGCUCUCUUCGUCCUCGCCCGACCCAGGGAUGUACUGCAGCUGGUCAGUCAUAACGUUCACAAACUCGAGGUACCCCAUGCCCUUGUCCACGUCGCCCGCCGCUUCUUUGUGCGGAUACGACAGAUGCAGCAGCUCGGUCUCGUCGUCGGUCAUAUCUAAGCCCAUGUUCGCCAUGCACAUGCGAAACUCGUCGUCGCUGAUGUACCCCGACCUGUCGACGUCCAUCUUUAAGAACGACGCACGGAGGGAAUCGUAGCGAGCAAACAGUUUAGAGCGGAUGGUGUCCAAGAGUUCUUGCGCCUCGGGGCAUUUAUUGAGCUCACCCAUCGCUCCAUCGUCGAAGGAGGACGUUCCGUGAGGGCGACUCCACAGCGCCCGACCUUCGGGGCUUUCAUCGGACGAUGUCGGAUCCGAAGGCUCUGAUGGCGACGAUUCAGGCGGUGGGCGACGUGGAUGGGGGCUCGUUGCUGGCGAAGUUCGCGGGACUCGACCUUGAGACCACAGCAAUCGACCUUCAGCGCUCUCGUCAGAAGACGUUGCGUCCGGUGGUUCGUCGAAGUCCGACGGGGACGAAUGGGUUUGGUGGAGAUUUCGGUUGGGACUAGCUGGCUUUCCUUGGGACCACAAUGCCCGACCUUCGACGCUUUCGUCGGAGGCGGUUGGGUCGCGACCGCGUGAAGAUGGAGAGUCGGCUUCGGUCGCCGACAUGGUGCGUUGAAAAGCAGCAGUCCCUCGGGAUCCGGAUUUGGAGGAAGGUGACGUGGCAGCCGCACCAUCGAGCUGGGAUAGCAGCAGGCGCAGGCGCACAAUCUCUUGCUUUGCAGCGACCCAGUCGCCGUCCGGAAUAUCCGAAGCAUCCACAGGUCGCUGCUUCUCCUGUCGAACCACGACGCUACUCACCCCCGAUCCCAUCUUCUCG